GUCAGAUGUCCUUAAGAGAAAAAACCCACAUCCUUUUCAUUUUCAAUAUAUAUUAGGCACUUAUUAUGCAAGAACACACUGCAGCAAUAAUGGGGCUUCUCUUCACGUUGUCUGCUUCUGCUACCAUUAUUCUCCUGGUAAUUCCUGGAGAUUCAUGUGUGGACAUCAUUGGAGGGUAUGCAGUGGCUCCACAUUCAAGACCAUAUAUGGCCCUAAUCAAAGGGAAAGAAUAUUGUGGAGGAGCUUUGAUCAAAGAGAACUGGGUGUUAACAGCAGCCCAUUGUAAAAUUGAUAGAAGAAGCACAGUUGUUCUUGGAGCUCAUUCACUUUCAAAGAAAGAGAAAGAACAACAGAGGUUGAAGAUUGCAAGACCAAUUAGCUUCCCAUGCUUUAAUAAUCAGACAAAAGAAAAUGACAUUAUGCUUCUCCAGCUUCAACAGAGAGCAAAAAUUAAUAAAGCUGUGAAAAUCAUUAAGCUACCUAACACAGACACUGAUCCCAAACCAGGAACAAAGUGCCAAGUAGCAGGAUGGGGAAUAAUUAAGAAUCAAGAGCGUAAACUUUCUGAUAUCCUGAGGGAAGUCAACAUCACCAUCAUCGACAGAAGAAUCUGCAAUGAUCAGAAUCACUAUAAUUAUAACCCCAUGAUAACAAUGAACAUGGUGUGUGCUGGCGAUGAGAAAGGAGGAAAAGACUCAUGUGAUGGGGAUUCUGGUGGUCCUUUGAUAUGUAAUGGUGAAUUGAAAGGCAUCACCUCCUUUGGCAAGGCAAAGAAGUGUGGUACUCCUCAAUACCCUGGUGUCUACGCUCGUCUUACGAAGAAACAUCUUCUCUGGAUAAAGCAAACCAUAGGGGGUGACAUAGAUUAAGUCAGUCACUGACUGAUUUUCUAUUGCUCUGAUAUACAUUUACUUGUACCAAAAUUUAUUUUUGGAUGACGCAGUCAGUAUGACCAGAGUAUUAUUCAGUAGCUUCAUGUACAUACUAUAGUUGAAGUAGUAAUUUCACUAUAAGCCCUUUCAAUGGCUUGUAACUUUCCCAUCAGAAUUCACUUUGGGGCACAAAUUUCAUCUAUGUGAUUCCAGCAAAGAAAUGACCUUAACCCCAGCACAACAUGAACAUAGUAUUCACCUAUAACAGUAUAUGCCCUGUAGUCUCAGCCAUAGAGGGGCUAAACAGGUGCUUCAUGGCUAAGGAAAGAAGUAUUACCUCACCCUUACAAAGUACAUUUACUAGAUCUCUGCAUAGAUAAUGAGCAUGUCAGCUCAAGGUCCAAUCCGACUCCCACUGAACUGAGUAGAAUUUGGCCCUAAUUGCAUAUUGAGAAUAACUACACAUAUCUAGAUCUGGAUUUCCGUAAAAAUCCUAGAGAGUCACUGAGAGUCUAGGAAUAAUCCCAGAAUCCUGGAGAUACUGUUGAUGCCUCUCCUUCCUCUGAUGAUCCCAUGAUUUAUGUUUGCCCCCCACCCUCUGAAGGCCCUCUGAAGGGGGCUAUGAGGUCUGGCAGCCUGAGGACAUGGCGUUUCAAAGACUGAAUACUUCACAGGGAAGUUUAUUUGACUGUGAAAUCUAAUGAUUUUGGAUUUCCUAACGUCUAUGUAUUUCAAAACUUCAACCAUUUCAUUCCAUUAUAAUAUUUUGCAUUUAAUAAAGA